UUCCCCUGUUCUUCUCAUUUCCCUUUCCCCCUUCUUCCCCUGCUUUUUCCCUGUCACACCUCCUUUUUUCGUAGUUUGUUUUGUUUCCCCACUCUCUGUCUGCCUUCCGACCUUCCGUUCGCCUUUUCCCGCGGCAGUGCAUGCAGAGAGCCCCGGGUAGGCUGCUGCCCUCCGGGCUGGGUGUUCGCUUGGUGGGAAAUCUGCUAGCGAGAACAGGGUUUAAGGUUUCGUGAUGCUCUUGAGGUGUUGCAGUUGUAGGUUGUGCUGCUUUUUUUUUUUUUUUUUUUUUUUUUUUUCCCUGUCUUUAACUCAAUGUAACUGGGAAAACCCUGAAAAAAAGUUCUUUUUGGUCAGAAUUAAAAAAAAAAAAAACAACCAAAAAAAAAACCAAAAAAAAAACCAAAAAAACCCCCAAAAAACUCCCAACUAGUUAGAAGAUUGUAAAUAGGGGAUUUUUUGUCGCCCAGGUUGGGUGAGAGGACUGAAAGAGAAGGCUGACAGGAGACUCAGUUAUGCUCUGGCACUUUGCCUUCUUUCAGCUCAGAAAAGUGGACUUCUUUGUGGGAAAGAGGAGGAGUGGCAGCAGGAGGGAAUUGCCAUUUUGGAGUCUGCUAUUUUAAAUUUAAUUUUUAAUGGAAUAUGAGGUAUUUGACCACAGAGCUGGCAAGAAUGAGAGUCAGAAAUGGUAAUGAGAGAAGAGGGGACAAAUUUAGCUUUUCUGUCUUUCAGCUUGAAAAUCUUUGUGAAAAACAGUGCAGUAUUUGUAUCUCAAGCUGGAGAUCACUUAGAUUGCUUUUGAAAAUAGGUGUAUACAAAAGAAAGUAUUUUUUCCUCAAUGAUUAGCUAUUCUGCCUAUAGUGUAUACCAGUUACCAGCAUAAUGUCUUUCCUACAAUAAUCUGAAUUAUCUGGGAUAACACUAACUUCCUGAGGCCAGAAGAGCCAAAAGUUGCUAAAAAUCCGGAUGAAUACCUUUGCCAAGUCUGCCUUUUUUUUUUUUUUCCUAACAUAAAUCAAAUACAAGGCAGACAUACAAGCUAAAGAUUUACAGUCUAUUUGCUGAAAAUACUAUGUUUACUGAGCAAAAUCCUGCUUUCCAAUUUUGUUUCCACAUUAGAAAACCCACUGCUAGUCUUAUUAAAAUAGUUAAUUUCAUUUUUUAAAUAAUCCCUCUCAGUUUUGCUUUGGAUUUCAACAUAAUUUAAAAGUUCUCCCUUUACUCUGGUUCAUAAUCUCCUGAAACUGAAAACACCUAUCAACAUAGAAUUCUGUCUUAGAAAAAAACGAAAAAAUGUAGUGCCACAAAAGUGUAUCUUACCCAGUAAUACAAGUGAAGUAACUUUCAAGUGUUAGGUAAACUUCAUAGCUCCAGAGACACCACUUUUUGCAAUGUGCAGCAUUGUUAUUCAUAGGAUAAUUUUGGUGCUGUUAAAAGAAGUUAAUAAAACAAACAGAAACCUAAUCUUGGAAAACUGUGAUAAAAUAUAUCAGGAAGUUCACUGAUGAUUCUUUAGCUCACUGAUGAGUUAUAACUGUAGAUAUGGCUUUAAAAUGCUGGCUUCUCCAUAGGGCUUAAAAAAUCUCAGAAUAUUUUCUAUGUUGUGCUUGAAGAGGGAUCCCAGUACUCAAAAAUUUGACAGCUUCUUCCUUCCACCUUCCUUCUGGUUUUACAGACUACCUUUCCUGCCAGUGUGUCCCAUUAUGAAAUACAGCAUUGUCCUAAGGCAGCAAUGAGCAAAAUUUUUUAUGUGGGCAUGAGGAGUGCUCUUCCUGAUGAUUAUAGGUCCUACUUUAGAAUAAUGUAAAAAAAGUGUGUGUUUUAUCUUGAAGUAGACAAAGUGUACAAAUUACCUUGAGGAGCACCGGGCAGUUCUACUGCAUGUUAAAUUGGCCAACAUUAGCUUAAAGAUUUCAUUAUUUUUUGUUUUAUGAUUUGUACUUCCAGUGUUAGUAGCCUAAAGGUAAAACCUGUAUUUUUGUCCAUACUAAGAGUCAUGGGCUUCUUGAGAUAGGAACUGGUCACUGAGUGACUUUGCCAUAACAUCUUUACUCUUAGUUGAAAUUCCUUAUUGUUAGCUCAAUCUAUGGGGUAUCUAUGGACGGAAAGGAUUGGAAAAAGUAAUCAGAUUUUGAACUGUUCUGCAGAAGGUUUACGUGAUACAGUAGUAUAAGAGAGUACUAGAAAGGCUAGUAACACUGACUGUUUUUUCAAUUUACAGUCUACACAGAGUGUAUGUUCAUGUGAGUGUUACUAAUUUUUUGAAACAGAAAUAUUUCAGAGUGUUAGAUAUCUAACAAUUGAAUAUAAUAUCUUCAAAUAACCUGGAGGUUUGAAUUUAUUUCUGUAUUUUUUUAGCUCUGAAAAAACAGUUGUCUACUGCUACUCUCUUUUAUUUAAUUUCCAUGUAGUGGUAUAUGUAGCAGUACUAGUCACUUGUGGAAUUUUGUUUAAAGCUGUCUUCCAAGUUGAAAAAGGACUAUAAAUGCAUUGGGGAUUUUUCUGUAAAAAGAUAAUGUAUUUUCCCUUUUUAUUGUUUUCUUGAGCACCUCUGAAGGAGAAGCAUCUACUCCUACAGUGUGUUGCGGACAACUGACACAUGAAGCCCACAUAAAACCCUGCUGCAUAUGAUUUCAGAAUUAAGGGUCCCAUAAAGAUUUAUUGUAAGCCAACUAUGCAGCUUAUGACCAGUUCUCAUUUUCACUAAGACUCAAGACUCAAUACUAUCUAACAGAACAAAUAUGAGUUCUUGGACUGAUUUACAGGCAUAUCUGCUUUCAAGAUUGUGCUGCUUGGUGUCCUGGAAAGCUGAGUAAAUGACUUCUGUGCCUGGCAGAUCUCUGCAGUCCACGAAGUCUGUCUUUGUGUUUAUGCAUGUUUGUGUUUAUACAUGUUGUUUUUAUACAAGCUGCUUACUGCUUUGAAAAUCACUGCCUCAUCAGAAGGAAUGUUCUGCAUAACUGAAUCUGAAUGGAAGCAUGGUAAUUGUAGUAACUACAGGAUGUGUGCACUUUGAAGCAUUCUAGAUAUGUUAGCACUUCGCGACAAAUCCAUCUUCGGGCCUCACUGGCUGGAGAGAUUCCCAGAGGCUGUCUGGUUGGAUCUGUCCUCCUGGCCCAAUGUGUGGGUGCCAGGGAUGGGAGUGGGGUUGCUCCUUCCACCAGCAGCACAUCGUGGUGCCAGAGCAGUGGUGCAGUGAAGCUGCAGAGGUUGUGCUGUGUCAGUGGCCAGAGCCUGGUGUCCUGGCUGCUGGAGUAGCAGUGCCCUGCUGGCUGUGCACCCUCACAAGCAUCCUCAUUUGUAGGACCAGCAGCUAGCUCCAGUCCAGCCUGUCUGCACAAAACUUCCAUGCCAGCUCUGGUCUCCCUCCAAGCUCUGGUAUACUGUUGUAAAAUGUCUAGUGGGGUUUUUUCCUUUGUUUUGAAGACCUAGGUUUCUCUUGGAAUUUUGUGUUUGCUAGAAAUCAAGCUGAAAUUACCUUGGUUUUGUUUAGUCAUACCAUACAGUUUGUAGACAGUUUGUAGACAGGAAUAAAGACUAUCUUUGGCAGGAAAGAGGGAAGUGGGCAGCUAACUCAGCGUUUCUACUGACUCCCCCAACUACCAGCAACGGCUGUAAGUUUUCCCUUUCAACGAUGACUUCUUCAGAAGUACAGAUUUUGACUUGAGGAGAAAGCAGUUAAAAAAGGAAUUGGGUCAGCUCUUCCCUAGUGGUAUUUCUAAACUCAUAUGAAGGAUGUUGAAGAGACUGUCUCACAUAAAGAUCUUGAAAGGCUGCAGGGACUUCUUUGCCAGUGAGAACUAAGGCAUGACUGCCAUCCAGGAAGUGAGUGGAUUUUUCCUUCCAUUUCCCUGAAAAAUUUGCCAAAAUCCUGAGAAACAAAAUUUUUUUGGAAGUUGUUGAAGCUCUUAUGAAUAGAGAAGAGGAUAUUUUUUUUUAGCCCUGCAAAGCUACCUGAUAUUUGAAAUGCUGAAGAGGAAAUUACGGUUUUGCCACAACUCGCGCUUCAGGCUUUUCUUGGGGCUAACUCUCAUUUUAGUAAUAAUUUCAGUUUUGAAAGUUAACCAGAAAGAAGACUUCCUAAAUCGGAGACAUCUGGAACUAACAAAAGAAGAUCCUAUUAGCAAUGUUAACUGCACCAAGAUUAUUGAGGGGGAUAUAGAAGAAAUACAAAAGGUACAGCUUGAGGCAUUAUCAGUGUCAUUUAAGAAACGCCCCAGACUAACAACAGAUGAUUAUAUUAACAUGACUGCAGACUGUGCCUCCUUCACCAAGACUAGGAAAUACAUUAUGGAACCUCUCAGCAACGAAGAAGCAGAAUUUCCAAUUGCUUACUCAAUUGUGGUUUAUCACAAAAUUGAGAUGCUCGAUAGACUUCUAAGAUCAAUCUAUGCUCCGCAGAAUUUUUAUUGCAUUCAUGUAGACAAAAAGUCUCCAGAAUCAUUUUUUGCUGCUGUGAAGGGAAUAGUCUCAUGUUUUGAUAAUGUCUUUAUUUCCAGCCAGUUAGAGAGUGUGGUAUAUGCUUCAUGGAGCAGAGUGCAGGCAGACAUUAACUGCAUGAAAGAUCUCUACAGAAGAAGUUCAAACUGGAAAUACCUAAUAAACCUAUGUGGUAUGGACUUUCCUAUAAAGACCAACCAGGAAAUAGUAGAGAAAUUAAAAGCCCUUAAGGGUGAAAACAGCUUGGAAACAGAAAAAAUGCCUGUUUAUAAAGAAGUAAGGUGGAAAAAACACCAUGAGAUUAUUGACGGUAAAAUAAAGAACACAGGCAUAGACAAACAACUACCACCUCUCAGUACUCCAGUUUUUUCUGGCAGUGCCUAUUUUGUAGUUAGCAGGAGCUUUGUAGAAUAUGUACUAGAAAACAGCAAAAUACUUAAGUUCAUUGAGUGGGCAAAAGAUACUUACAGCCCCGAUGAGUACCUGUGGGCAACAAUUCAGAGAAUCCCUGAAGUUCCAGGUGCGUUUUCUUCCAGUGACAAGUAUGAUGUUUCUGACAUGAAUGCACUGGCCAGGUUUGUCAAAUGGCAAUACUUUGAAGGUGAUGUGUCCAAAGGUGCACCCUACCCACCAUGCAGUGGAGUUCACAUUCGCUCUGUCUGUGUUUUUGGAGUAGGAGACUUGAACUGGAUGCUACGAAACCACCACUUAUUUGCUAAUAAGUUCGACACUGAUGUCGACCCUUUUGCAGUGAAAUGCUUGGAAGAGUAUUUGCGGCACAAAGCUCUGUAUCUGCAAAAGAACUGAAAUGUGUGCUCCUGUCAGGAAACAUAGCUAUAAAUAUUCUACUGCAACGUACUUUAACAUGUUGCAGCAAUUGUGGUGAUGCUGAUAAUGGGUAUAAUGACUCCCACCAUGUUGGUGUGGUGGUGCUCAUGCCCUGCCUUGUCCACAGACAAAAGGCAGAAAAGACAUAUCUUGAGUAUGUCUUGUGGCACACUGAGGUUUGGAGCUUUAGGUACAGAAUCAGACCGCAGUUUUUGGAAAGCCAACUAUUUGGAAUAUUUAUUGUCUAGAAGGUAUAAUUAAUGGACUUUCCUUUGGCCAAACUAUUUUAAGGCACAGAAAAUGCAUGUUGUUCAUGGUUAUUCUCAAUAUUUUUUCCCCAUGAAUGUAAUGCUAGCUGGAAGAGAAAGAUGAAGGAGUGGGGUACAAAGCAGCUGGACUGCACUUCAUACUGAAUGCUAAAAGAUCUCAGGAAUACAACAUUAGAAAUUAUCUAAAAGCUAUGCAAAAGGGGAUAUGCAAAACCAGCUGUUACCAUUUUAUGUAGAUCUGUUUGCUGCAGUUAUAUUACAUGUGAUUCUUAAUCCUCCUGAAAUUUUUGUCUUCAGCAUAGAGUAUUAAAGAAUUCAAAUAUUUUGUAUUCUUAAAGCACCCUGAUAUUGUGAUAUAAAGUUUAUACACUAGUUGUAAUUACAUCUUCUCAGGGAAACUUCAGUUUUGUGCCUGAUGAGAUUUAGACUUGUAAUUUUACAUUUCUUACUGUUUGGGGAGUUUUGCUUUUGUAUCCAAAAUAGCUGAAGUUUCUCAAAACUUAAAGAACUGCAGUAGUGUCUAAAUAUUACUGAUGGAACUGCUGGUUUCUGCUUUCUGUAAGCUCAAUUUACAUUCCAGAUUAUUUUAACACUAAGUAUGGAAAAAAUAAAAUUAUUUUUUUAAAUUA